UUUGAUUUCGCUUCUUCCCCAGCUGAAAAAUUUAUUGUGCCUCAAACUUUGUGAGAAUCUGUGUUAUAAAUCUUUAUUUUUUUUUCUUAAAAAAUUCUCUAAAUUUUGUUAUCCUUCCGAAAAAUCUUCUGUGACAAUAACAGAAUUCUAAUUUAGAAGAAAAUCCCUCAACUUGACGACAUUAACUACCAGAACGACUUCUGAUUGGUUCUGCUUUUUCGCUUCUUCUAAUGUGCGCCUUAAGAUCAUCACGUUUCCAGAUGUUCAACGAAUAACAAGCUUCGAUCCGGAGAUAAUCAAAAUAAGCCAAUGUAUUUAUGCUGCAAAAGCAAUGUUGUCUUCUUUUAAAUAAAAAAGAAUUUCAACUUUUGAAUGCGUUUUUAAAUAAAGAUGUUUUUCGGGCAAGAGCUUUUAUAAAAUUAGAAUGCCAAAGGCGACUGAGCGCAGCUAAACUUUUGAAGUAACUAUUUUAUCGAAGUUAAAAGUAAAUUUAUGUGCAACAGAAUAAUCACCAUUGAAAUAUUUUUGCGGUACGGAAUUAUUCCGGUAACUUCCGAAAUUUACAUCCUUUGAACCUUGAAUCCAUCAGCGUAGUGAUUGUUGACAUCUGUUUAAAAUAAUACCCUCUAUCGAGCAUUGUUUUUGAGAAGUGGAAUCAUCGAAGUUAUAACGUUCGGCUAUAUCAUAUGAAUCCUCGAUAAAAUCUUCCGUAAGUAAAAUAUUGGUAUGAAAACUAAAUCUGUGAAGGCGUUGUAAUUCAAAGGCAUGAAUAUUAGUUAAAUAGAAAGGUUAAAUCAAAUUAAACAUACAUUAAACGAGACAGCAUUGUUAAUUUUCAUACCUUUACAGUAUGAUAAUUACGUUAUUUUAAAAUGCUAAAGAAUCCGUGAAAAUAUAAUGCGUAUACUCACAUUUAAUAUUAUUUAAAUUAUACAAUAAUCUGUACUCGACAUGAAUUUUAGGGGUUAUUCAUACAUGUAUUAGACUGUCUAAACACUUAUUCUUAUAAAAUGAUUUUAAUUACUGUAAAAAAUUCUGUUAAUUUAAAUCAAGCUUUAUCCUUCAUUAUAUUGCUUGUGAUUUUACUUUACAUAUCUUUAUUUAUUUUUUAUACUUAUUUCUUUUGUUUUACUAUGCUGUCAAGAAGGAUAAUGGAGAACAAAAAGAUUAGCAACGACCCCACAUACGAAAAAAACUUUAUAGGUCACACAGAUGUAAUUACAGCUUUAAGCUUUCAUCCAAACACUGAUCAAUUGAUAUCUAGUAGCCACGACAAGAAAAUAAUAUUGUGGAACUUGACAAAAAAGAAAUCAGCUUACAAGUUUAUGGGCCAUAAAGAGAGUGUCUUGGAUGUGUGUUAUUCGUCAGAUGGAAGCUCUAUGGCAAGUGCUUCGAGAGACAGAUCUGUGAGAAUUUGGACUCCUAAAGUUAAAGGAUCUUCAUCAAGCUUUAAAGCUCACAAUUCUGACGUGACAUCUUUGCAAUUUAGUCCAGAUGAUGAAAAGUUGGCUACUGCAUCAAAUGACAAAAAUAUAAAACUAUGGUAUACACAAGCACAAACAUUCUUUAAAUCGUUUUUCGAACAUACACAUUGGGUCAGGUGCAUUAAAUUUUCUCCUGAUGGAAGACUUUUGGUAUCAUGUAGCGAUGAUAAAACAAUAAAAGUAUGGGAUAUUACCAGUGGACUGUGUGUCAAAACUUUUAAUCAGUUAAAAGCUCCUGCUAGAUAUGUGGAGUUUCAUCCAAAUGGGAUAUAUAUUGGAACAUGUAUGGAUACAUUUGUAAAAUUGUAUGAUCUAAGAACAGGUGCUUUAUAUCAGUGUUAUAAUUCUCAUAAAAAAACUGUGAAUAUGAUUAAAUUUCAUCCAACAGGACAUUUCAUGUUAACAGCUUCUGAUGACUCUACAAUGAAGAUUUUAGAUCUUCUAGAAGGCCGCCCAAUUUAUACUCUCAAGGGACCUUCGUAUAAGACUGCUAUAACAUCCAUAGCAUUUUCAAAAGAUGGUGAGUUUUUUGCUUCUGGUGGCACAGAUCGACAAAUUCUACUAUGGAAGUUAAAUUUGUCUACGGAUAAACAAAAUGGAGAGUUUUCUAAACAAUUACAUCUCCCUGUCAUCAGAGAAAAAUCUGAUGUAGAUGAGAUUUUUUCAAUUAGCGACAAACAUGAAGAAGAUACAUACAAGAAGCAGGAUCAAGCAAAAUGUUUAUUAGAUGCAUUAGAAAAGUCGGAUUCAGAAUCAGAUAGCAGUCCAGAUCUGUCAACACCAGAAGUGAUCAAUGUUAAGAACAUUAAAUCUCCUAAAACGAGACGUAGCAAACGUAUAGCAAAAGUGCCAAUCCUACAAAAUCAAAUAUUGAGUGCAUCUUCGUCUAACCAAUCUAUAAAGAAGAUAGAUGUACUGUAUGAUGAAGUACAAUUAAUACGUCAAAAUAUUAAUAUGUUAGAACGACGCUUAAUAACAUUAGAAGAACAAUUUGAAAAACUAAAUUCCCCUGGUUUAUAAUCGUUUAUCACUUGAAAUAAUAUGUAUAUACGUAUCAAUGUUAACAACUGGUUAAUUUUCCAAGCACAGUUUUAAUCGACGUGAUAAAAACAGAUAUAUAUAUUUAAAUUUAAAUAGAUAUAUGUUUCUAUAUAUAGAAAGGGAAAAUAAAAUAUAUAAUUAUAUAUAAAAUAUCUCCCCAAAAAAAUAUUUUGUGUUU